UUUUAGUAAGCAUCAAUCAUAUCCCUUUUUGUCACACGCGUCCAACCAACCAAAAUAUAUAAAUAGGCACACCACCAAAAAGCUCUUCCAUUUGUUACUAUUUGCCAUCUCCUUUUCCUUCCCCUACGUGCACUUUCAGAUUCCCCAUUACUUUCUCUUUUUUUCUCCCCUUCAUAUUCUCGCCCCUUGAAAUUUCCAAAUACCUCAACAAUAUUUCUUUCAGCUCAACUCAAUCCUUGUCCCAAUCCUCACAUCCUCGUUUUCUCCGCAAAAGGGCCUUUACAAUUUUCAUUAUUGUAGUUUUAUUUUUGCAAAUAUUCCUUUUUUAUUUCCCCCCUUUUUUUCUUGAGUCCCCUAAACUGGUCCAAGCUUGAAUUGCUCAUAACAUAUUAAUAUUGAGAUUUGUUUUGUGCAUGUUUAUGUUUUGAUGGCCACUUCAAGUGGGACUUACAAAGAGGGGAAUUGUAAUAAUUAUAAUCUGCAGGGGAAUGUUUCUGUGUCUGGUUCUUACAGUGGAGCCUCUGUGCAUGGAGAGUGGGGUGUGCCAACUUUUCAGCACCAGAAAACUAUUUCUAUGGAUUGGACUCAUGAAGAACAAGCCAUAUUGGAGGAGGGUUUGUGCAAAUAUGCCUCCGAGACAAGCAUUGUCCGAUAUGCAAAAAUUGCCGUGCUGCUAAAAAAUAAGACCGUACGUGAUGUGGCACUGCGCUGUAGAUGGAUGACCAAGAAAGAUAUUUGCAAGAGAAGGAAAGAGGACUUCAACGCUCGGAAAAUCAAAGACAGAAAAGAAAAGGUUAUUGAAUCCUUGGCAAAGCCUUCUCGUUUGGGGAUGCAGUCGGGUUUAUCUCAUGCUCCUGGAAUGGUUUCCAAUUUCAAUGAUGACAUCAUCUCAUACAAUGAUGUUGGUGGAGCCACCCGUCAGCUGCUGCAGCAAAAUGCUUGGGCUUUUAAACAGAUAUCCACAAAUCUUGCCACUCAUCAAAUGCAUGAAAACAUUUGUCUUCUUAGCCAAGCUCGAGACAACAUAUUCAAAAUAUUGAGCAACUUGAACGAGAUGGGCCCCACGAUGAAGAAAAUGCCUCCGCUUCCACAGGUGAAUGAAGAGCUAGCCAACACCAUUCUUCUCCCCACAGCUUUCCAAAUACAAUGAUAGCACUUUUUGUAGAUUGUUGCUGAUUUGCCCGACUUCAAAAGUAAAUUUACUGAUAGUCCAAAUAACAAGUAUUUGUUAGAUGAUAACUAGCCAACUUUCUCGGGCAGCGUAUGUUCGAAUUUCAAGCUAUUGUUAUUUUCUAGAAAUUUGGUGGGAGAAUUUUUUUUUUUUUUUUUUAACCUCAAGUCCUGAAAUCCUUAGUUAAUUUCAUAGCAAAGUGACAUAUGGGACUAGCAUUUGACUGUGUAUUAUAUCAGCUACUGAAACAAUAUUACAACCAGGAAAAAAGAAAGUAUAUCCAUUUUGUAUUUUGGAAGUUUG